UAUAUGCAUAUUACAUAUUAUAUAAAAUAGUUAAAAGUAGCCCCCCUCCCUCCCAUUGUGCGUGUGUAUAUGUACUUAUCUUUAACUAUUUUAUGAUGCAUAUAGAUAUAAAAUAAUAAAACACAUGCACAUACGUGCGUGUAUGUAUAGGUACAAUAUUAUGAGGUUAUAUUGUUACAUGUUAUAUGUUAUAUUAUUUAUAAGAUUAUGUAUUGUGAUAAUUAUUGUAUUUUAUUUAUGUAAAAUAUACAGAUAAUAUGGAAAUCAAAGUGCGAAGACUUAUUGGUUGAAUCGUUCAUGCAUAUACCAUUGGAUUUAUGCAUCGAGAUCUUGGAAAUAAUAAUCAAACACAUAAACGAAUUGGAUAUUUCACGAGCUAGACGCCUCAUUUUCCUUUUGAUUUAUAAAAUAUACUGUAAAUGUCUAUGGCUGCACUUAGGUACAGUGUCAAAGGAAAAUGUGAUAAAGUGCAUCGGCCAGUUAGAAAUGUAUUUUCAGAAAUUGUUAGAUUACUUUUUUGUUAUUACUUACCAUACCAUCACGGAGAAAUACUUGCAACAUGGUAUUGUAGUGAAAAAUAUGCUUCAUUAUACCAAGAAAUGCAUGCAGAGCAAAAUUGAACAUUACUCAAAAAACCAUGAUCUAGCGAACUUAUUUACGCUUACAUAUGGCGGUUUUACCGGACAACCGGAUUAUUAUCACAUGCAUCCUGUCAACAAAGUAAAGUCCAUUGUAACAAGAUUAGACCAACAUCUAAUCACUUUGCUUCUAAAUCAGAUUAAAGGCGUUAAUUAUUUGGAGUUUACAAUUUGGGAAACUAUCGAGGAUGAUGAGAACACCAUAAUCUCUUUACAGCGUGCUAUUGUCACGGAAUGUCAUUAUUUUAUGAAAUUGAUAAAACAAAAUAAAUUUUUGAUACCAAAUGAUCAGCUACUUUAUUGCCUCGAGCAAUUUAUAAGUCCAAGAAAUUCCGAAGAAUCUAUUUUAACUCUGCAAGAAAUCUGUCAUUACGUCGCUGAUGGAAGAUCGCAUGGUAGGAAGGAGUUGAUUAAGCGUUACAAGGAAUGGGACUCGUCUAUAUUGGAUUUUAUCUAUGAGAAUAUACCAAUCUUGAUAAUUGAUGAGCUUCAUGUUAUACUCGAAUAUCUCUAUUAUACAUUUACAAAUUUGUCUACUAAUGCAGAAAAGUAUAAGGUAUAUGUAUCGGUAUUAAAAAUACUGAUGCGAGUUAAAGUAGAGGACCUGCACUUUGCUGUACAAAAUUAUGUGAGACGUCAUUUUGACGACAAUCCUUUAACUUAUCUAUACAAUGAAAAUUGUUUCUCGUAUUUCUUGGAUCGCCAUCUAGUAUACAUAUUUGACUAUUUCAAUUCCGAUGGAUCACACAGAUAUGCAGAGGAAGCUUCUUCAAUCGUAUUAUCUAACAUGCCUAUCUUCUUGAUUUUUAUUCUAUUAAAUCCAAAAAAAGUUUUAAAUGACUUUAUUAUGGCUAAUAUAAACGAUGACAAUAUGUCUUGUUAUCUAUUACAAGACAACAUGCAUAUGCUGCAAUGGUAUUACGUACAUCUUAAAAGGGGUCAAUAUAAUAUGCUGUUAUACAUAUUGAAGGACUUGGUUUUCCAGAAUCGCAUGAUAUUAUGUGAUACUAAGUUCAUGAGAUUUCUGACUAUGGUGUUAUAUUGUGGGAUGAUACGAAUGGAGGACCUAAUAUACGAACUUUACUUGAUCCCUUCAAUUCAUAAUCAUAUGCAGCAAUCAACAUUACAUAUUAUAUUAGUAUUUAUGGAAUUACAUAUCUCGGGAAUAGAAUGGUUGACGCGCAGUAUCGAUUUUCACUCACUAACAAUAAUAUUGAUCAAGUUAGCUUUACUGCUAAAAAAAUACAAGUUUUUUUCAACGGAAGAACAAAAUGAUUCUAAUUCAAUAUAUAUUAUAAGUAAAAUACUGGAGAAAUUGCGUUCAUCAAAUAUAUUGACAUAUGAGCAGUGGGAUAUAAUGUGUUCAAUGGGGAUAGGGCCGCUUGAGAUGAGUCAAAUAUUUCCUGCUAUGAAUACGUUAAAAAUAAUUCAGGAAUACGUGAAACGUUGUUACGUUAUACAUCGACGAUUGCGCACGGAUAUGCAGUGCCAUCCUAAAUUGCGCAAUCAUGUGCAAUCCUUUAAUCUUGAUCGAGAAGAUUUUAUACGUCACAUGAUAAUGCAUUGCAUCCCUUCGGAGUACAUCAUACAUACACGCAACUUAACAUUCAAUUACUGGUACCAUUUUGGUUGGGCCAACGAGAUAGCAGCAUACGAAAACGUAAUGCGCAUCAUCGCCGAGACGUCACAAAUCGUAUUGGUGUACAUAGAAAUGUUCUCCAAAAAUGUAUUUGUUUCGUUAUUAUUCAAAAUUGUGCAAUUCUCUUCGAUCAUCGAAGACAACAGGCCUGGUGACCAAGAAGUAAUUCGCCACAUCUUGCUGAAGACUUUGUUCUCCAUUAAAGAUAUUAUUAGCCGAACGAAUUACAACAGUAUAUACAGAGAAAUGCUUGAGUGUAUUCAAAGAACGGACAUGUCUUUAUCGACAGCAAUGUAUUUCAACAGCAUUCGCGAAAUUAUUCAAUCGUUCUUCACGGAUUUCCUGAGAGAUAUGAUGAGGCCUUUAGUGAUAAACAGAGCUUGCACUUGUAAUAGAAGUUCGUCUUGCGAAUAUCAUGAUUUGGAUAUUGAGAGAGAAAUUGUAGCGAUGUACGAUGCAUACUUGUUCAUAUGUGAAUGUAUUAAGUUACCUUCCACAAUGAUUUAUCUUCGUUCCGAGCGACUACUGCAUAAGUUAUGCUUUGAAUAACAUUCCAGCUUCGAUAAAGCAUGGAAAAAAUUUACUUACACUGUAUUUUCUAGGAUUAUUUUAUUUGAAAUAGAACGGUAAAUGGUAUCGUUUUUUUCGCAAUUAGAAUACGCGUCAUAAUUUUAUCAAUGAUGCAUUUAAUAAAGUAUUUUGUUACGAUAAUUUUUCUUCUUUGCAUGAAAGAAUUGAUAAUGCGUGCAAGUACUUUUUAAUUUUUAGUUUUAAUCUUCUAUUUACUUAAUUUUUAGUUUUAAUAUUGAUAGUCGUAUAUUACGGAUACCUUUUACAUGAAUAACUUCCAUUUAUUUACACAAAAUUACAUAUUAUUAAUUAUACAUUUUAAAAAUUCUAUAAAGUUUUUUUAGUAACAUAAUAUUUAAGAAUAUAACAAUAAUUUUUUUGUGUGUAAUUAAUAGAAUAUUUAUACUUAUAGUAAACUAUUACAUAUUAUAUUUGUAAAUUCUACUAAAAUGUCUAUACUAAAUGAUGAUCUUUUUCUAAUACGGAAAUUUCUUAAAAUAUCUAGUUAUCUGAAAAUUCGACUUUUAAUCGACUGCGCAAAAUUAUCGUAAUUUUUCUACAAAUUAAAUAUCUUCUAAAUUUUCUAAAAAUAUAUUUAUCGUUAAGAACUAAAAAAUUUUAAUUCAAUAUUAUUCAGUAACUCUUUACUGAAAAACGAUCUCGAGUAGUGGUCCGAUUUUAUAACAUCACAAAUUUGUUUUUAAAAUGUAGAUUUCGACAAACAAAAAUGUUAUUAACGUUGUUUAAAGAAGACAAAAUUAUGAAUCAUGUUACAUUGGUACUUAUUUCAUUUAAUGACGCAUUCAAUUGCUUGUAACCAUGGCUCUUAAAUAUCACACUGAUACAAAUCUUUAUUGCGACAAAUGACGAAACAAA